AUGUACGGAGGUGCCAUUACCAUGGCUUCAACAACUAGCGGUUUAUUGAACAGGCUUACCGAGACUGGAUUCUACCAGGCAUUUACUCUGGUGUUCCUAAGUGAAAUUGGCGACAAAACCUUCUUCAUUGCUGGCCUCUUGGCCAUGAAAACAUCCAAAUUAGCUUCUUUCUUGGGAUCCAUGGGUGCCCUAGGGGCAAUGACUGUGCUAUCCGUCCUCAUUGGGCAAAUCUUUCAUGCAGUGCCAUCUGGGUUUGGCGAAGGAAUCCCACUCGAUGACAUUGCAGCUUGCAUUGCUUUCGCAUUCUUUGGUUUCAAGACACUGAAGGAUGCUUUGGAUAUGGAAGAGGGAGAAAGUGUCAUGGAUGAAGAGCUGGCCGAAGCAGAAGAGGAAGUUGAGAACAGUGAUUCGGUCAAGAGAACCACAGCUUGGGGUCAACUGGUCAGCAUUUUUGCUCUUGUCUUUGCAGCAGAGUUCGGAGACCGUUCGUUCCUCUCGACAAUCGCCUUGUCUGCAGCCCAAAACCCGGUCAGCGUCGGAGUCGGCGCCAUUGCUGCUCAUGGUGUUGCCACUGGCAUUGCUGUAUCCGGAGGGUCUUACAUUGCCAAGUACAUAUCG